UCUGUCUGUCUGUCAUUGAUGCUGAGAUGAUGACGUGUCUCUGGAUGCAGUGACGCGUGGUGGACAGCGGACCAAUCGGAUGUUGCUGUUUCAGAACCACAUCAGCCCGUCGCUGCUCGGCGCCGCCCGCAUCAGACUGCUGCUGAGCGAGGUGGAUGUGGCUGCGUGGCGGAGAGAGAAAAACUACAGCGUUUAUUUCUUCCCCCGAGAAAACAAAUCACGUGGUGAAAACAUCAGUUCUUGUAGGACCGUCUGACGUUUCCUCGUCUCUCUGAACUGGAACUAACUGGAACUGUUUGAAAACAUGUUUUUGUUUAAACUUGAACAUGUCUCUUUGGUGUGAUGAGUCCUGACGAGCACGAGGGCGUUUUAUUGUGGCGCUUUGUUGACUUCAAUUACCGCGAUGUGAAACCAUCAGAGCAAACGUCAACACUUUGUUUAUAACGUUUGGAUAAAAUGACAACUCGCGCCAUUAAAACGGAGCGAGCGGUGCUUCUGAUAUGCCACGUGUUGAUCGUAAUCACCGGAUUCUGUGACAGCUCUCCGAACCAGAACCAGCGCCUGGUGUGUUGGAAAGCCAUCUUCAAGUGCCACGGAGAACCGGAGUGCCAUUACGCAUACGAUCAAUACCUGCACGCCUGCGCGUCCGUCAUCAGCGGGGCACGCAAGAAGUGUCCCAGCCACUGCAUCUCAUCCCUGGUUCAGCUUAAUCUAACACGGAGCGGACCGGCUCUGGAGGAGUGCGACUGCGCCGCGGACCCGGUGUGCAGGAGCACCAAACUCGCCAUCGAGCCGUGCCUGCCGCGGACCAGGGCCACCAUGGGCUGCACUGAGGCCCGGAUUCAGUGCCAAAUGGACAUGGCUUGCAGCACAGCCAUGAGGGCGUAUUUGUUUCACUGUCGAAAACUUUUUGCAGGACAGAGGUGUUCUGAUAGCUGCCGCAAAAUCAUAGCCAACAUGCGCUCUUUACCCAAGGCGCAGCGGCUGGACACGUGCGUUUGCGACGGCCCAGAAAGAAACAUCUGCGAGUUCAUAAAGUUAAACAUGAGCACGUUGUGCUCUGCUUCGGCUGAUGCGCCCGCGGGUAGCGGAUUCUCAGUCUCUGAGGGGGACACAGAGGAUGAUUAUAUGGAGGAGGAUUAUCAGUAUCCGGAAAGUUCCAGCUGUUCCACAUCUUCUCAGACUCUGCUGCUGAACACCUUCACCAUUCUGACUUUUACCAGAUUCACCUGAAGUUUGCUUUUGUCAUUAUUGCACUUACAGUUACAGAUCUGAAUGUAAAUAACACAAUUAAUUAGAAAUAUUUGACUUGACUUCAUAAAGAUGAACUUUUACAGUGCUGUGCCUAAAAGAAAUGUUUAAAAGUACCUGACAAAAUGUUUUGUCUUUCCCAAAACUCACCAUUAAAGAAACAAACCAAAGA